UUCUUCCUCCCUCCCUCCCCCCUCACUCACUCUCAGCAGCCGCCCAGGCAGAGGCACACAGAGCAAUGGAGUACGAGAGGAUACACAAGGUCCAGGCAGGUGCCCUUUCUCCCACAAAGCUUAGGAUGAAGCUCCUGGGAGCCCAAAAUCGCGUGAGGGUCAUCAGCAACAGCUCAGCGCGGACAUCGCCUUCAAAGAGCGUUGAGCCAUCACAGGCGCAGAACAGACUGUUAGUUUGUGAUGUUCUUGAAGAAGUUUCGGACAGCUCUGGUGCCUCCAAAUGCCCUGCAGCAGUUGGCAACACUGAAGCUUUAGAUAAGGAUCCAUCAGUGGAUAGCUACAAAGUUCAAAACAUGCCCAAGAAUUCAGCUCACCAACCUGCACCUAGCAGCUCAAGUGUGAUACAUCCGGUACGAAUUGUCGAGGAAGACAGUAAUGAGUGUGACAGCGGUCUUGACAAUGCUAGUACCAGCAGCUUUGAGUUCCAUGGGGGCGAGAAAACGGGGGCGCAGAAUCCGACGGCGGGGUAUUUCUCUAGACAGGCUUCCUCCAAGUGGAAUGACGCGGAGAAAUGGAUCGUGAACAAGCAAACUGUUCAGCAGAACACCACCAAGGGCGCAUCACAGAACCAGAGUGCGUACCAGGUGAAUUCUGCUGCACCCAGGGGUGCCAUUGUGCCCAAGCAUCCAAACCGAGGCGCAUUUGCUCGGCCCAUUCAGAACAUGAAAAGAUUCAAUCCGGCUUCGUCGGCUUCUCGAAGCAUAUUGGAGAGGCUGUCUUUUGCUUCACAUCAGCCGAAGGUGGUCCGGCAUGCAGAUAUCUGUCCAGUUGAAAGUUCUAUUAGUGCCACUGCAGAAUAUCAGAAGGGAGUAACUCAUACCAGCUCAAUUGCAAUUCAGCCCUGCAAUGAACCAGAAGCUAUUUCUACAGUUCAAUCGGUGUCUGUGAGAGAUGUGGGCACAGAAAUGACCCCAAUACCAAGUCAGGACCCUUCAAGAACCGGAACACCACUUGGGUCUAUGACACCAAGUCGGAGCCCAAAUUGUUCGAUACCAUCAACUCCAGUAGGAGGACGAUCGACAACAUCAAUAGGAGAAGACAAUGCAGAUGAUGGUCCUUAUUUCAACAGAAAAGGUGGCGCAAAUGAAAUGUCUGAGGAUGAAAUCAGGCUUAAGGCAAGGAAAGAAAUUGCCGCUCUAGGUGUACAACUUGGAAAGAUGAACAUUGCAACAUGGGCUAGCAAAGAGGAGCUAGAAUUAGUCUCUGCAACACCGACUAUUGCUGAUCUCGAGCGGAUGAAGAAGGAAUAUGCAGCUCGUGCGGCAGCAUUCGAGGACGCAGAAAAUUCUAAGCAUACAGCUAGAUUCAAGAAGGAAGAGCUGAAGAUCGAAGCAUGGGAGAGCCGCCAAAGAACAAAUGUUGAAUUCGAAAUGAGGAGACUAGAGGAACGUGCGGAGAAAAUGAGAAGCGACGCGAUGGCAAAGAUGGCUGAAAAGCUCGAGAUGGCACGCCGUCUGGCCGAAGAGAAGCGGGCCUCUGCCAACGCCAAGAUGAACAAGCAAGCAGCGAGGGCGGUUCAAAAGGCCGAUCAGAUUCGCGAGACGGGACGAAUCCCACGGUCGCAUAUCCUAUGCUGCGGCUGUUUCUGUGAACCUUAG